AUGUCUUAUGCCAGUGGAGGCAUUGCCGCACACUCACCUCCUUCGGCCGCUCGUGCUGCCUCGAGAAGCAACAGCAAUUCUCAAGCCGACUUCCAGUUCGACUUUCCCAAAUUUGGCGCCCUACCCGGAAAUCAGCUCUUUGGAAACAACAUUCAAUCUAGCCGUGAGAAGACUGUCAGCCCGUCUGCUGGCCCAAAUGCCAGCCUGCCGAGAUCGAACAGUAUGGGCAGAAACCCAAGCCCUGGAACUCAAGUCAGUAACCAUCAGACGAGCUCGGGCCACAACUCUAGAAGUGGCAGCAUGAACAAGGGAACAAACAGUCCUCUUGCUCAAGUAUCAGCUGUUGGCACCACCUACGCCGAUUUGUUCAGCCCGUCUACUCUGGGUAACCUUAGCAACGACUUCCUCAUGCAGAACGCCAACAACAACGAUGGCAAUGCAUUUGCUCAAUACGCCGACAACGGAACCGAUAGCACUAGUGGCAUCUCCAGAGUCUUCAGGUUCAACAGUGGCUCUGGUUCUGGCUCUGGCACGAACUCAAACCAGUCGCCUUCGGUGCCCUCUUUGACGCACUACAAUGCCAAUUCUUGCAACACGUCUUCAUGCGGAACAUCUCCUGAAUCUGCAAACUCUCCUCCGUCUGACGUUAACAAGUCGGGCAUCAACGACUUCAACGAUAUAUACUCUCUUAAGCCUAUCACUUCUAACAACACUCAAAGUAAGCUAGGAAAGAUUCCAAAACCACUAACAGGUGGCUGA